AUGUGGGAACUUCGAUCUGCCUCCUUUUGGAGGGCCAUAUUUGCUGAGUUCUUUGCCACCCUCUUCUACGUCUUCUUUGGGCUGGGAGCCUCGCUGCGCUGGGCCCCUGGACCCCUGCAUGUUCUCCAAGUGGCUUUGGCCUUUGGCUUGGCCCUAGCUACAUUGGUGCAGACUGUGGGUCACAUUAGUGGAGCCCAUGUCAAUCCUGCAGUCACUUUUGCCUUCCUCGUGGGUUCCCAGAUGUCCCUGCUCCGAGCCUUAUGCUACAUGGCAGCUCAGCUUCUGGGAGCUGUGGCUGGAGCGGCUGUGUUGUACAGCGUCACCCCGCCAGCUGUCAGAGGAAACCUAGCACUCAACACGCUGCAUGCUGGGGUAAGCGUGGGCCAGGCCACCACUGUGGAGAUCUUCCUGACACUCCAGUUUGUGCUCUGCAUCUUUGCCACGUAUGACGAGAGGCGGAAUGGCCGCAUGGGCUCCGUGGCCUUGGCUGUUGGCUUCUCCCUCACCUUGGGGCACCUCUUCGGGAUGUAUUACACUGGGGCAGGGAUGAAUCCUGCCCGCUCCUUUGCCCCUGCCAUCCUCACCCGGAACUUCAGCAAUCACUGGGUGUAUUGGGUGGGCCCCAUCAUCGGAGGCGGUCUGGGCAGCCUCCUCUAUGACUUUCUCCUCUUCCCCCGGCUCAAGAGUAUUUCUGAGAGACUGUCUAUCCUCAAGGGGGCCAGGCCCAGCGACUCCAAUGGACAGCCCGAGGGUACAGGGGAGCCUGUGGAGCUGAAGACUCAGGCCCUGUGAAAGAUCCAG